CAUGACCUUUGUGUGGCUAGUGUAAUACGAGAUGGCGGUAACAAUAGUCGUGUUUGCUUUCUUGGCCUCUACGAUAAGUACACUCGCGGAAAAGGUCACUUUAAAUGAUGUUUUGUUUAGUGGCGGCUACGAGUUUAUAGAUCUGACACAUCCAUAUGAUAAUAAUACAGUUUAUUGGCCUGGUCAUCAAAAAUUUACGUUUACCAAAAAGAUCGAAAAUAUUCAGGAAGAUAAAUCAUGGUAUGCUGCAAAAGAAUUUUCUGCCGCCGAACAUGGGGGCACGCAUUUGGACGCACCAUACCACUUACAAACGGGCGAUUAUGUUGGGGACAUCCCGCUGGAAAAAUUGAUUGUACCCUUAAUAAUAGUUGACGUUAGUUCAAUAGCCAACGAUGAUGCCAAUUUCGUACUCUAUAAACAUCAUUUGGACUAUCUUCUCAAUUAUAAUUCAGGACAGCCUUGCAUUUUGAUAUUUAAAUUUGGCUGGAGUAAAUACUUUCACGAUCGGAAUAAGUAUUUAGGGAUCGGAAUAGACCAAAAGUCUUUAAAUUUUCCAGGUUUGAGUGUAGAAGUGGCCCAGUGGAUAACGACAUCAUAUAAAAAUGUUGUGGGCAUUGGUGUUGACGUAGCGUCUGUGGACCCAGGUUCGGUUAAAGAAUUAGCUGUACAUAAAAUUUUGUCAAGAGCUGGACUUUAUAACAUGGAAAAUGUCAAAUUGGACAGAGCCAUACCCGAUCAUGGAUGCACUGCUUUGGUUAUGCCAAUGAAAAUAGCUGCAGGUACUGGGGCACCACUGCGGCUUGUAGCUAUUUGUCCGAAGCCAAAACCAGAUAAUUUCUAACAGUUCUGUAUACAGCAGAUAAUUAAUAAUUGACAUUCCAUUUAAACAUAAUAUUGACAUUAUAAAUAUUA